AAAGUGUUACUAAACCCCGGACCCUGCAUUCACUAUAUCUGGUCUCCCUGGACCCCGCAUUCACUAAAUCUGCUCUCCCCGGACCCUGCAUUCACUAUAUCUGGUCUCCCCGGACCCUGCAUUCACUAUAUCUGGUCUCCCUGGACCCUGCAUUCACUAUAUCCGCUCUCCCCGGACCCCGCAUUCACUAUAUCUGGUCUCCCCGGACCCUGCAUUCACUAUAUCUGGUCUCUCCCGGACCCUGCAUUCACUAUAUCCGCUCUCCCCCGGACCCAGCAUUCACUAUAUCUGGUCUCCCCGGACCCUGCAUUCACUAUAUCUGGUCUGGUCUCCCUGGACCCUGCAUUCACUAUAUCUGGUCUCCCCGGACCCUGCAUUCCCUAUAUCUGGUCUCCC